AUGAAAGCCCUGAACGCUUUCCCGCAUUGGAAGCUCCAGGCGGUGGCGCGAGAAGUGGAGAACGCUCAUCGAAUUGGAAGGCCGUGCCUCAUUGGAACCACCAACGUGGAGAAUUCCGAGAUCAUCGCAGAGCUUUUGGAUGCCCUGGGUGUGGCCUAUCAGCUGUUGAACGCAAAGCCCGAAAAUGUGGCGCGAGAGACAGAAAUUGUGGCCUCCAGUGGCCGAAAAUAUGCGUGGGCAUCUCCUUCGGGCAAACUCCCUCCCUAUGGCCUGGCCAAAAAGGCUGUGACCAUUGCCACCAACAUGGCAGGCACCGAUAUUCUGCUGGGAGGCAAUCCUUCCAUGAUGGCACGCUUACGGCUUCGAGAGGCGAUGCCCGAAGAGUUCUAUCCUGUAGACCUGACUCCGGAGCUGGAGAGCCAGGUCCAAAAGGCGGUCAGCCAGACGGUGGAGGCCUGGAAACCCAAGGAGAACAACUUGAAACCCACCUCGUUGGAGGUGGCCGAGCAGAUCGUGGAGCAGGGUCGCCUCACUGAACUGGACGCAGAGGAACGCUUGUCCUUGGCAUGUGAAAAGGCUCCAACGGACGAUGAGGUCAUUUUGCUGCUCCGUGAAGCUUACAAGGCCUUGGCCGCCCACUACAAACAGAUCACGGACCUGGAGAAGGACGAAGUUCGAGCACUGGGAGGUUUGCUUGUCGCAAGCUCAGCUGGAGCAAUGGAGGGGGUGCUGGGCACCGAGCGUCAUGAGUCUCGUCGAAUCGACAACCAAUUGCGUGGCCGGUGCGUCUGGGCGCCCAAAGUCACGGUUGGUGAUUGCCCGUCAGGGCGAUCCGGGCGCUACGCGUUUUUUCCUGAGUCCGGUUUGAAUGAUACGAUUUUCCGCAUCUUCGGAGGCCCAACAAGUUCUGCGGUUUGCCAUGUUUUUUUGGCCGCGGACAUCGGCACCAGGUCAGGGCUUUUGUCCAACUCACUGGAAGAGGCUCAGAAGAAGGGCUAUUGGGGAUACCUCAUCGCCCAGGCCUUUCUGGUAUGUCUCCUCUUAUGGUCCCUCUUCAUGAAGUUCUUCCUGGCCUACAUGGCGCGGAGCAGCAACACGGUGCCGUUCGGUCCAGGCGCUGUGGAGCUUUCCGAGGAUCGAGGUGCGGCUGGUCCCGCCUUGCAGGCCAUGAGAAGGGGAGCGUUCCAAAAGGCCCUUCAGAAACUGGCAGGUUGCGAUGAAGCGCCCUGCCGGACGCUGUUGGGUGAGAUGCAGCUCACCGGCUUGCAGGUUACGAGACACCUGGAUGAGGCCAUGCGCCAUUUUCAGGCUGCGGCAGACGAGGGCGAUCCUGAAGCGCAAUAUGCGCUUGGAGUUCUCUACGCGAACCUGCUGGAGGACGACCCUGCGGAACUGCACAAGAAUGAGGGCCUCAGUGUGCUGUACCUCUAUGCAGCCUCCGUGGCCAAGCACCCCGGGGCCCUGAUGGCUAUGGGCUACAGGCACCGUGAAGGCCUGGCUGUGCCACAGAGCUGUAGUACGGCAGCGCUGAACUACAUCGAGGUGGCUCGGCAGGUGGCAGAGGUCUACUCCUCCGGGAUGCCCAAGGCUGUAGAGUUGGUGAGGCUGGGUGUGGAAGAUGAUCGCCACCAGAUGAGUUUUUCGAAGAUGGCUUUUGUGGAGAUUGCGGCCAGUGGUGAUGCCAAUGUGGCAGCAGCCGUUGGAAAGCGCUACCUCUUGGGGGUAGAAGGCUUUCCCCAAGACUUUGCGCGUGCCAAGAGUUUCCUUCGCACCGCUAUGGGGCAGCGACAUCCAGGAGCCCAGGGACUCUUGGGCUACAUGUACAGCUUAGGCCUUGGCGUUCCCAAAGAUUUGGAUGUGGCCUAUCGAUUUUUCAAGGACGCAGCUGCGCAGGAUGAUCCUCUAGGUCACAACGGCCUGGGUUUCAUCUUCUUCCAAGGCACUGGGACGACCAUUCGCCAAGAUCUCACGAUGGCCUUUGAACAUUUCAAUCGCUCAGCUCAUAGGGGCAAUGCUGAUGGAAUGUUUAACUUGGCCUCAGUCUACCUCACGGGCAGUGGCACGGAGCAAUCCUUUCAAAAAGCGACCCAGUGGUACACUCAAGCUUUAGAUCGUGGUCAUACGCCAGCAGCUUAUGCGCUGGCGGUGAUGCACCUGAAUGGCAUCGGCACGGUACGCAACUGCAAACUCGCGGUGGACCUGCUGAAGCGGGUUUGCGAAAGAGGAAGCUGGGUCACAGAGAAGCUUCGGGAAGCCCAAGAGCUUCACAAGCAGAAUCGCCCAGAUGCUGCCGCCUGGCGUUUCCUGAGCUUGGCGGAAGCCGGGCAUGAGGUCGCACAGAUGAACGCGGCCCAGCUAUUUGAUAGUGGUCAAUCCUCGUUGCUGGUGAAUUCCAGUCAGCCGGUGGCGCACGCCCUGCAGGAGCAGCGCGAUGGGCGCUUCUUGGGUCGCGCCUUUGCGCAGCGCCACUACGAGCUCUCCGCUGAGCAGGGCAACGCCUUCUCGGAGCUUCGAUUGGGGGACUAUGCCUACUACGGUUGGGGCCUCCGCUACAGCGACCAGGUCGCAGAGGAGGAUUUCGAGUCCAAUGACACGUGGCAACUCUCAGCUCAGGAGACAGACCUGGACCUAUCGUUGGCACAUUACAGGCGUACAGCCACGAUGCGCAUCUCUGGGGAAUGGAUGCAGCCUUUCGUGGCCCGCGCCAGCUUCAACUUAGGCUACAUGUACCAAUUUGGCGUGGGAGUGGAGCAAGACUUGCCGCUGGCGCAGCGCUUCUAUGGCCAGUCGGCUGAGGCAGAUCCAGGUGCAGUGCAAACUCCCUUGGCCAUCAUGAUGGCGGUUCUGGCUCUGCAACACUUUCUGGCUGAAGUACCAGAACUAGAGGCGUAUGUCGCCACGGUCAGCGCCGAUGUUCGCUUCCACAUCUUGUUGGCGCACAUUUGCGCCAUCCUGAUCCUUGUCGUCAUGCGAAGGAUCUUUGCGGAAGCCCGGGCACGAGCUGCAGAUGGUGUGCAAGCGACAUGA